AUGAGUGGCAAGAGCAACACCCAUGUGGUCAUCCCACUAAAGGCCAACUGGCACUUCAAAGAAGCAGAGGAUGACACCUGGCUACCGGUCUCUCAGUUCCCGACGAACGUGCACCUAGAUCUGCUGCACCAUAAGAAAAUCCCGGACCCGUUCUGGGCCCAGAACGAGUCCGCGGUGCAAUGGGUUGGGGAGAAGGUGUGGCUCUACCGCACGAAAUUCGACGGGCCUGCCAGCAUUCCUGAAAAGCACAAGGUUGUCCUUUCCUUUGAGGGACUGGAUACUUUUGCGACUGUCGUGCUCAAUGGCGCUGAAAUAUUGAAAUCGGAUAAUAUGUUCAUUCCGCGACGCGUGGCUGUCACGGAUAAUAUCAUCGUGGGAGGAAAGAAUACGCUCGAGAUCACCUUCGACAGCGCGUGGAUUGCGGGGAAGAAACUCCAGGAGCAGUUCACUGAUCACAAAUGGGGGUGCUGGAAUGGCGACUCCAGUCGACUUGUGGUACGCAAGGCGCAGUACCAUUAUGGAUGGGACUGGGGUCCAACUUUGCUGACUGCAGGACCGUGGAGACCUGUCUACCUGGAGAUAUACAGCUCCCGUAUCGAGGAUCUGUAUUUCACAACGCAAGUCGCGGACACGCUUGACUCGGCGCAGAUUGUGGCCAAGGCAGACAUUGAGGGGACUGGUUCUUCAGUCACUUUCGAGCUAUCGUUAGACAGUGAAGUCGUGAAGACAGGGACAGCCAAAGUAGUUGACCAACAUGCGGAGACGGUACUACGCGUUGAAAAGCCACAGUUGUGGUAUCCAGCGACAUACGGCAAGCAGCCGUUGUACCAACUCAAGGCAACUCUCCAUCAAGACGGUGUGGAACUCGAUACCGUGUCCAAAAGAUUGGGCAUUCGCAAAGCAGUCCUCGUACAGCGCGAUCUGAAAGACGCCCCCGGAACUAGUUUCUUCUUUGAGAUCAACAACAUACCUGUGUUUUGUGGAGGAUCGAACUGGAUCCCCGCAGACAGCUUCAUUCCCCGCAUCACUGCAGAACGAUACCGUUCCUGGCUGAAGCUGGUUCGCGAUGGGAAUGAAAUCAUGGUUCGCGUCUGGGGAGGCGGCAUAUACGAAGAAGACGCAUUCUACGACGCGGCAGACGAGCUCGGCAUUCUGAUAUGGCAGGACUUCAUGUUCGCGUGCGGCAACUACCCGGCAAGGAUCCCAGCAUUCCGCGAGUCUGUGCGGGAGGAAGCAAUUGCCAACGUCAAGCGCCUCCGCCACCAUCCCUCGAUCGUCAUCUACGCGGGUAACAACGAGGACUACCAGUACCAGGAAUCGGAGCAUCUGGAAUACGACCCGGGCAACCAGGACGCGGACAGUUGGUUGAAAACGGACUUUCCGGCGCGAUAUAUCUACGAGAAGAUCCUGGUGGACGUCACCAAGGAGCUGGUGCCAGACACGUACUAUCAUUUUGGCAGCCCGUACGGCGGGAAGGACACGACGGAUGCGACGGUGGGCGAUAUCCAUCAGUGGAAUGUCUGGCACGGCAGGCAGGAGCGGUAUCAAGACUUCCACAAGCUGUCCGGACGGUUCGUGUCGGAAUUCGGCAUGGAGGCGUUUCCAGACGAGAAGACGAUCGACUCAUUUGUCGGGCAAGGGACAGAGCGAUAUGCCUUGUCGAAGACAAUGGACUUUCACAAUAAGGCAACUGGUCAUGAGAAGAGAUUGGCGGGGUAUUUGGCAGAAAACUUUGACUUCAGCACCCGGCCUCUGAAGCAAUACAUCUACAUGACACAGCUGAUGCAGGCGGAGUGUCUGAGCGCGGCGUAUCGGUUUUGGCGAAGGAACUGGAAGGGGCCUGGACGGGAGUAUACGUCUGGGGCUCUGGUAUGGCAGAUCAACGACUGCUGGCCGGCAAUUUCAUGGGCAAUAAUCGACUACAACCUCCGCCCCAAACUCGCCUACCACGCAGUAAAACAAAACCUCGCCCCAAUCACAGUCGACAUGAAACGCGAAGUCCACACGCACCCACAAGACAAAUACACCAGAGUGUACAUCUCGCACGAACACCAGGUGUACGUCUGGGCGUCGAACUUCUUGUUACAGAAAAUCGACAAUGCGACGCUGCACGUCAAGGCGUUUGACGUCGUUGAUGGAGCUAAGAUCUACGAUAAGGAUCACGGACGGGUCACGCUCGAGGCAAACCAGAGUACGGAGUUGGGACACUUUCCCCUGCCGAUGGGCAGCAAGGUCGACCAUGAUCCGAAUAGGGUGGUUGUGGUGGCGUAUCUGCUCGAUGAGGAUGGGAAGAAGCAGCUUGCGAGAUUCGUCUCGUGGCCGGAUGUGCUGAAGUACGUCCAAUUCCAAAAACCAAAACAGCUCCAAGUCAGAGUCUCCGAAAACACCGUCUCUGUCAGUGCCGACGUGCCCGUCAAGGGCGCCACGCUGGAAAAAGAAGGCGUCGAAUUCGAGGAUAAUCUCUUUGACCUUGUGCCUGAGGAGACGCUCAGCAUCAAGGCAAGAGGAGGGCUGCAGCCGAAUGAUCAGGUGGGCGUGCACUAUUACCUUCCGGAUAGGGUAGUUGAGUAG